CCCACACUCUCCUUCUACCUUUCUACGUUCUCGUCGCGUUUUCCUGGACCGUGGCUGGUUAUUGACAUAUACCCACAACCCUAGUCAGCGUAUCAGACGUUUGGCUGUUUUCGGCCAUGUCUGUACCACCCACUCUCGUGGACCUGACCCGGACGCGUAUGCCAAGUUGCUCUUCCGGCUUUCGCCACAGCCUCAGGCGCGGCUUCGCGACCAAGACGGACGCGAGGCACUUGCAACAAGUCGCGUAUGCGAGCCCAAGGCAGGUGCCGUCGCCGUACGGACUUGCCAGCGCGCCAACGGUGCGCCCGCCUUUCGAAGGACUGUUGAAAAGGCCGCGGCACCCCCCAAAGGCGGGUCCAAAGGCGGGUCCUUCUGCGCAGAUCGCGUCGGAACAAGAAAAUCGGAUCGGGGCGCUGAGGGAAGCAAUGCCGGAGGAGGAGCCCGAAUCAGAACGUCCGCACUACUCCGAGGACUAUCUCAUGAGCGUAUAUGAAGACCUCCUUGCCCUGCCGACGGAGUCAACCCAGCAGCCCGAAACCGCCGCUGAUAUUCAUGCAGCUGACCGGCGAGAAGAAGACAAGUCUGUCGUAGAGGGACUCGCCGUCCGCCUCGCGGAAGUCGAGCCUACCCCCUUGGCCGAGCCAUCUUCAUCCUUCGCCGGCGCACUGCGACAGCUGCGCGCGCAACCCUCAGGACAGCCCGUAGUCUCCCGUCAAAUCGCGGUUGAAGGACACGAGACACGACAUCGCGUCCUUCGGCGCCUGCAGCCACUCGUACAGACGCUAGAGGCCGUCAGUACGCACGUUGCGCCGCUCUCGCGUCGGCAGCGAAUGAAGAUGCCUGCGGGAGUGGUGCUGCCCGAGGAGUGGGGUUCGCUCAUUCGCCACUGCGUGAACGAAGGUGACGGCCAUUCUGCCGAAAUUGCGCUUGACUUCAUGAAGCGUUACGGCGCCCCUGUAUCGGAGGAGCAUUAUGAUGAGGUCCUGUCACUGUACGCAAACACAGCCGACCCCGCAAAAGCCGAACGGUUCAUCGAAAAAUUCCUCCCCACUCCCACCGAGCAUCAACGCGACCUGCACGUCAAAUCUCAUCUGCGAGCCACCCCACCCGGGGCCGAGCCCUCCACUGCGCUCGCGACGCUGCACGCGUACGAAUCGCGCGCGCUCCCCGCGCCGAUGCGCUCCUACUCGCGUUCGCUCAAAUCAUUGUUCGAUAUGCGUACCGCUGCGGGCCACGCACGCGCGUGGGACCUGUUCGCACACAUGCGUUACGUUGCGCACCCGCACCCGGACACGGUGCUUUACGCGCAGAUGAUCCGCGCGUGCGCGUUCCCCCUCGCGGACGCGCGUACCCCACGCAGCCGGUCUGACCCUGAGCGCGCGCUCGAUCUGUGGACGGAGAUGCAGGUCGGUGGAGUGGCGCCCACGCAGGCGGCGUACAACGCGGUCAUACUGGCGUGCGCGAGGAGCGGGCGGAGGCGCUACGUCGCGGAGGCGUUCCGGCUCGCGAAGGAGAUGCUGGACGGCGCCCGGGACGCGCGGGGUGUGCCCGCGUUCCGCCCGGCGGAGGGCACGUUCUGCGCGCUGUUGGAGGGCGCGAAGCGCGUGGGCGAGCUCGGGCGCGCGAGGUGGAUUUUGGCGGAGAUGGUGAGGGAGGAGGAGGGAGGGGAGGUGAGGGUGACAGAGGAGGCGAUGCUGCACGUGUUCCAUGCGUAUGCCGCGUAUAAGCCGCCGUUCGUGCGGGGGAUGACGGUGUUGAUGGGCGAGACGGAAGCAGAGGCGGCGGCAGGUGGUAAAGCGUCAGGCGCGGAGGAGGAGGCUGCGCAGAAGGAGGAGGCGACAACGACGGCGGCGGCGGUGAAGGCAGCGGGCGGCCGGAAGCCCAUGUCGCACAUACCGCCGCAGGCGCAUAACGAGGUCGCUGACGAGGCCACAUUCCUUUUCGCGCAGAUUAGGGAUGACACAGCGGCAGCCAACCGGAACGAUCCAACAAGACAUUUUCGAUAUGUUCAACUCACGCCGCGCCUGGUGAACGCGUAUCUUUCCGUUCACUACGCACACUCGCCCAUAGAUCGUUGUCGGGAGCUGUGGUUCGACGCGUUCGAAGGGGUAGAACGCAACCCCAUGACGUAUGUCGAAGCUUUGGAGCGUUGUGCGAUUGCGAAGAAGGGGCGGGACCGUCAAGCGGCGCAAGCAUUCGCGGAGGAGGUCUGGUCCAGGUGGGGCCCUGUGGAGGAGGCGUGGAAGGCGGGCGAGGCGCGGUUCGAACCCCGGCUGGUCGAACGCGCGCACAUCGCCAUGAUCCGGACAGUAUCGCUUGCGAAGGAGCUCGACCGCGCGACGGAGAUGGUCCGUCACUUCGCCACCGUCUACCCGCCUGAGCGCGUCAAGCAGCCAUCACCGCUCGCGGCUCCACGGUCCGCGCGUACGAUGCUCUACGCCAACCGCCCGCUCGUUCGGCUCGUAUCCGCGCCGGAGAUCCCCGACGACCACGUCCCGCCGCUGCUGACGUUCGCCGACCUUGAGAUUCUACAUCAUAGACUCGUCGCCGCCGGUAGGAUAGCGGAAGUGGGGUACAUCAAGUGGGUGAGCAAGGCGUACGAGGGAGCGUUGAGGAGGAGACGGGAUGCGACGAUGGGCGCGCGGCCUGAGCCCAUGGAGGACUAAGGUUUUGGUUGAUUAGGGUAAUUGCUCUAUAAUAUCUCUUCUCUCAUUCUGGACAUGCAUAAAUGCCAAUCGUACAUAAUGGUGCACAAUCUGAUUUACC